AUGUUCUUUUGGCUGCUGCUCUUCCUGUCGGUCGUCAGCGGGAUCCUCGCUCAUUCCGACCAUGAGGGUUUCAUGUCUUUUGUGACGCUCCCCGACGUGUGGGCCCCGAGAUACAAUGUCCAGCACCAUGACCGCGACCGUGUGAGCCCAGGGUAUUGGUUCGUGGCACCGUACGGAAGACAGAUCCCCAAGAAUAAGACAACCGGCCUGCAGCCGUUUCAUGUCGGCCCGCACAUCUACGACAAAGACGGGACUCUGAUCUGGACCGGCUCAGACUUGUUCGGCAAUCUCAAUGCCUACGACUUCCGAGUCAACCACCAGGACGGUGAAAAUCCUUACCUGUCGUGGAUCGUGGAAAAGAGCGAGGACGCCCCUCGAGGACGGGCCGUAAUAUUAAACCAAAGUUACGAACUUCAGUCCGAGCUCAUCGCGCCGGAAGAGCUUGAAGAAUUUGACAUUCAUGAAUUCAGGAUCCUUCCGGGGGGCAAGACGGCACUAGCUUGCGCGCAUUGGCCAAAGGAGCUCAGUUUAGCGGACCUGGGUCGCCCCAGUGAAAAGUCAUUCUUUGCUGCUGCUGGCUUCUACGAAUUCGACCUGACCACUGGCGAGAAGCUGACAUGGUGGGAUUCCUCCGCCCCCGGCAAUAUCGCACUUCAUGAAUCUGUCAAACUUGAUGCCGAUAGUGCACCAGAAGAGUCCCCCGGACACGAUUAUGUCCAUAUAAAUUCUGUGGACAAGGACUCGAGCGGGGACUACUUGGUCUCAAUGCGGUUUACGAACACUAUCUACCUGGUCUCUGGCACAGACGGGACCAUCAAGUGGAGACUAGGUGGGCGCGUGUCGGACUUUGAGCAGGACUUUACUUUUUCGAAACAGCACGAUGCUAGAUUUCUGGAGUCUAGUGGUGAUAGCUACAUCAUUUCGUUCCUGAACAAUGCUUCCGAUGACAAGGAGAAUGCAGAAGAUGCAUCAUCUGCCCUGAUUGUGGAGUUAACCGCAGGCUCCUCGCCCAAAACAGCCAGAGUUAUUCAUCGUUACAAUCGACCGGACAGCCGACUCAGUCGCUUACGUGGAAAUGCCCAGCAGCUGCCAAAUAAAAACAUGUUUGUAAGCUGGAGCGACAACGGGUACAUCUCGGAGUUCUCACCCGAGGGCGACAACCUGAUGGAAGCAAAAUUCCUCACCACUGGCUUCUACAACUAUCGAGCAUAUAAAUUCGAGUUUGUUGGUCGGCCCAGUGAACCGCCGGCUAUUGUGGCUUCAGUUGGGGCGGUUGGGAAGAAUGAUCUGGCGACCACCAUUCACGUCAGCUGGAAUGGCGCGACAGACAUCGAUUCAUGGAAUUUCUACGCACAGGACGGAGAAAAUAACCCACCUUACCUGAUCGGUAGUACGAAGAAGACAAAUUUCGAGACUGUUCAUACAGUCAGAGGUCAUUUUGACUGGAUCUCGGUUGAGCCACUUGAUCGGGAUGGUAUUGCCCUGGGCAAAUCUCAGAUAUCUCGCUCGACAUCUCACCUGGAUUCAGACUCUGGGCCUAACAGAGCUCAAUCUGAAAACAGCCCGGGUGCUGGAGGGCCCAAACUGGUCAGUGGAAUGAGCGAUACCUUUAAGGCAUUUUCAUCGUUUGUAUUGGUCUUAGGCUCUCUGAGCGUCAUCUUGGUGGGCCUUCGAUGGUUGACGCCGCGAGUUUGGCCGCGUAUUUACGAAUGUAUAUAUCACACGCGACGCAGAUAA